GGUAAGAUGUAUCGGCCACAACUGCGUUCUCAUCAUCGUCUUUUCGCUAGAAUAUGCUAAUGCAUUCACUCUACCGAUGACAGCGCGUCUAACCCUCUCUUCUUCAACAGCCCAUCACUCAUUUCUCAGAUCGUACCGAACACAGUCCUUUCAGCAACCUCAAUUGCUCCCCGAUUCGCCGCCGGCUUCUACCAAGUCCACGAUGCGCACUCACGUCUUCUUCGCCGCGGUGCUCGUCAUGGCCGUCAACUGGAUCGCCGUGCUCGGUCAGACUACCAGCGUUACCUCGUUGUUCGUCCCGUUCAUCCCGAACUUCGCCGUUGACGCUGCUUCGCAUGUCAGUGUAGUGAGCUCGCAUGCCUCCACUGUCGUCUACGCCAUGAGCAGUUCCAGCUUGACUUACGGACCAGGCUUCGUCGAGGUCCAGUACACCAUCGAACCGGCAUUCUCUCAGAGCAUAUAUUGCAACACUAUGGGUACUACUGAAGCAACCUGUACUAUGAGUUUGGGCGGAGCCGACUUUACGACCGACGGCGAAAAUCCUUUAACACUCACCUUCGGCGCUGAUCCGGGGGGGAACAUUCUUGAGGCCGUCACUAUUACCGCCGGCUUAGAGAAACUGGGCGUAGAGACCAGUGCGACUCCGGCCCCUUCUGCAACUCCGGCCUCUUCUGCAACUCCGGCCUCUUCAGCGACUGUGUCUUCUGCCGCGCCGACGUCUACUCCAGCCUGCACGGGCUUCUUCAAAUGUGGUACGGCCUGCUGCGGCGAUGGAUACAUCUGUGAAGAUGCUCGUAAAGCAAAAUGUGUUCUACUCCCCAGCUUCAGCUGGCUGCAACACUCAACCACCACACCUACUACAUCGUCCGCAGCGCGGAGCGGCACAAUCUCUAAUACCUGGGCUGGCUCAACCUCGACGACACUCUCCUCUGACUCAAGCACUACGACGGCACUCAUUACGGUCCUGGGAACUGCGUCCGAUACGCCAUCUACCGAGACACACAUUCACAUGACGACUUCCACUGCCAGAGCACCAUUCAGCAUGCCAGCAACCAUCACGCAUGUCAUGGGCGCCGGAGGCCACUACACGAUGGUCGUACCAGCUGCUGGCCUUGCAGGACUGUUCCUAGCGGCCUUGGCCAUAUGAUUUUCAAUGGUUCUACCCAAGCUGACUAAUCAAGAAUUAACCCCAGCUAAUUGUCCAGGGGUGGACUGUCUAGCGAGGUUUCGGAAUAGCUUGGAAUGAAUGAACUAAUUUUUGUACAUGCUAUCUUGCUCGCUACACUGUUCUGAUACCCUUUGAAGUGCUUCAACCCAUCUGAAAGGUUCAGAAGCUUUUCAUUUUGACAGCCCAGCCACCUGACUGAGACACCUCAGGCGGUGGUAGAUAGGUGUACAUGAACUCGCCUCUCACCUCUCCUCCUUAAAGUCGACUUCCUGAACAACUUCCCACCCCUCCCUAUCCUCUUCCAUCUCCUUCUCACCACUCUCAUACUUCCGCAACACCUCUCUACACCACCCCACCACCACCUCCC